CUCUGGAUUCACAUCCAUGCCAAACCAGCGGGUCAACAUUGUCCACCACACUGCCUCCUAUGCCUCUUACACCUCCAGCUGAGCCGGACCCGGAACCGAAGAUGAACUGGGCAUCAUUUUACGCCGUCAUCAGCGGUGUGAACAGACACUCCACUGGCAUCGGUCGCAUCUGGCUCUCUGUUCUCUUCAUUUUCCGAAUCCUGGUCCUGGUGGUGGCAGCUGAGAGCGUGUGGGGCGAUGAGAAGUCUGGCUUCACCUGCAACACCCAGCAACCGGGAUGCAACAGCGUCUGCUACGACCACUUCUUCCCGAUCUCCCACAUCCGCCUGUGGGCCCUCCAGCUCAUCCUGGUCUCCACUCCGGCCCUGCUGGUUGCCAUGCACGUGGCCCACCGUCGCCACGUCGACAAAAGGCUCUACAAACUCUCAGGCCGGACCAACCCCAAAGACCUGGAGCAGAUAAAGACCCAGAAGAUGAAAAUCACAGGCGCUCUAUGGUGGACAUACGUCAUCAGCUUGUUGUUCCGCCUAGUCUUUGAGGUCACCUUUAUGUAUUUGUUUUAUAUGAUCUACCCCGGGUACAAAAUGAUCCGGCUGGUGAAGUGUGACUCGUACCCCUGUCCAAACACCGUGGACUGCUUUGUGUCGAGACCCACAGAGAAGACGGUCUUCACCGUGUUCAUGCUGGCUGUGUCGGGGGUCUGUAUUCUGCUCAACAUUGCAGAGGUGGUCUUCUUGGUAGGGAAAGCCUGCAGUAAACAUCUGAACAAUGCUGGAGACUCCACUCUGGGGGCUUGGAUCCAACAAAAACUCUGCCUGUAAUAACAAAGACUUAAGACUUACACAGUGGGACAUAAUGGUGACUUAUUUCCAGGUAACAUCUGUUAACUUAACCAGUAGGUGCUAAUACUAAAGAAUACACUGCAGUUCAGCGUCCUGAUGCUAAGGAGGUGGAUUAUCUAAUUUACAUGGCCUCACUACAAAUAUUACAGGGGUAAGUAGCUGCACAGAGUUAUACAAAAAGGAUGCAUCUGAAACAGCUGAAUUCAUACUAAAUGUGACUUUAAAUUCAGUAUAGUAUGAUCUAAAUUUAUAGUACCACCCUAUAAUGCAUUUCAGCUCUGCUGAGGGCUGAAAUGCAUUAUAGUACCACCCUAUAAUGCAUUUCAGCCCUCAGCAGAGCUCACCAGCCAACAUGCAGCACAAAUAUCCAAAUAAGAGAACCGAGAUGUGCUAAUUUCUACUCAGUCACACCGGCUUGUUGACUUGUUUGAGUAUACAGUAGUGGUCAUACGUGGUUUCAGACACAGCAAAACUGUUCCACCAUUCAGAAGCCCUAAGAGGACAUACUGGACAUGCAUAGUUUUGUUUUACUCAGUUUCACAUGAUAAAGAAUAGAUUUCAGUUGUUUUCUUUUGAUCUUUACUAUUUUGAGGACAACGGUUCUGCUUUUCCUAUGAUUGCAACUUCAUGUAAAUUUUUUUGUUUAAUUCAUAAUAAAAAAAAACGUUUUUAUAAAUCUCCAAAUCACUGAAUAAAAAACAAGAAAAGACUUGAUGUCAUAGGAAAACUUGGAAAGAUAAAAUGUAUGGAUGUAUGACCACUCAUGGUUUCUGUACUUACAAAUUUCAGAAAUUUCCACAGGAGCCGCUAUGAGAUGAGCUUAAUAAAUGCUACACACAAUAUUUAGGAAAAUUCACAGCAAGACCAUUGGUGGGAUAGGUGAUGUUUACAUCAUGCAACCAGGGAGAGUGUCAUGCACAUAGUGCACUUUCUCUGCCUUGUCCUGUAGGGAAAGUUUCCUGCUGUGAGGGUAAUGCGGGAUCUUCUAGAAAUUUCACAGUGCAGACUUCUGUUGUAACAUGGUUCCGUUAUUAUUGCACAUGUUUCUAUAAUCUAAAUAGACAGUUUUACUGCAGCAGCUGGCAAAAACAAAGAGAUAUGACUUGGUCAGCAUUUUAUCUUUGGCAAAAACAAGAUUUUCUGACAACGUUGUACUUUUAGUCUCCACUUAAUUUGUAGUUAUGUAGACUUUUUCUCAAAUUUCAUUUUCUGGCAAUUUGAGAAAUUUCCUUUGGAUUAAUCCAGGGGGGAAACCUCUAAACCAAAUAUUAAUGCAAGCAUGGCUGUCCUUGCUCUUCUUAUUGCAAGAGUUCCUUAGCUACAUUUCUGUAAAAAAGUAUUCACCCUCUUUCUGGUUCCUGAUGUUUUUGCAUAUUUAUCACACUUUAAUGUUUCAGA